GGCGAUCCUCGGCAGGACUUUGAAGUUUAAGAGACUUGACCUCUUGCCACUUACUUCCACUCCUUACAUCUAUCCUCCUCCUGACCUGUUCUAUGCCCCCUGCGCAUGUCAUGAAACUUCAUUCAUUGAAUGUUUCCAAGACUAUACUCUCAAAGCAGACUUUCUCCUCGAAGAAUGCCAGAUUGCGAUAUUUGUCAACUUCAGCACUCCCCCGUCCCUUCCGUUUCCACGUCGGAGCGAGUUGGGCGGGAAAACAACCUGAUACACAGCAGAGACGAGUCAAGACCUUGCCUUUCCCCAAGGAUAGCGAGAUAGGAGCAUGGCGCGACCAAACGCUGUCUCGACCCAAAGCUAGCAGUUCAGGCAGACACAUCGGGGAGGACUUCUUUUAUGUGCAAGACUUUGACAUGUCAUAAGAUGCGCAAACAGUCGGGUGUCUCCCUUGGAAUCGCUGACGGAGUUGGUGGCUGGGUCGAUGCCGGAGUUGACCCGUCGUUAUUUUCGCAAGCACUUAUGUACCAUGCACAUCGUUAUGCUAAAGUGUCAUGGCCUGGUGAGCCCGAAACCGACCCAAAUCUGGACUACGAAGAACGUGAGCAAGUGGACGGUUGGGAGUUGACUCCGCAAGAGUGUAUGGAGCUUGCACAUGGACAGGUCCUAAGAGAGCAUUUUGUAAAAGCUGGUUCUAGCACAGCCUGUAUUGUGAACCUAAACGCAGCGAACGGUAUCCUGCGGUCAGCAAACCUUGGUGAUAGCGGUUUCUGUAUAAUUCGGUCUUCCAACGUGAUUUACAACCAGGCACCCCAGACCCAUUUCUUCAAUUGCCCAAAACAAUUGACAAAAUUACCUUCAACAGGGUUCACGCGAGGGUUGCAUGAUACUGCGCAGGACGCUGAUUUAUACGAGACAAAUGUAGUAGACGGAGAUAUAAUCGUUCUCUAUACUGACGGCUUCUCGGAUAAUGUCUUCCCGUCUGAGACUGCAGCAAUAUGUUCACUAAUUUCCCGACAAUUUACGCCACCCCCUGCCCCGAAAGAGCUUGAUGCAGAUGCUGAGGACCCUCCGGAGCCUCAGGAAGAUGCUCAAGUACAAGUCAUGGCUGAUCGGCUAGUUGAUUAUGCCCAGAUGUGCAUGGUGAACAAAAAGCGGGUUAGCCCAUUCGAGCGAGCAGCCGCUCGUGAAGGCUUGUUCUACCGUGGUGGGAAGAUGGACGACGUGACCGUCGUGGUCGCAUUGGUUUGUGAGACACAAUGAUCGUCGGACUUUACACCAUUUUAUAGAUUUUCGGACUUCUUUCUGGCACUGUAUGUACACCCUCGCACACACACGUUCUUUAUCUAAUUCCUCCUGCUUGUGGAAUAGGCCUAUGAUCUACGCAUUGCAUACCAUUAGAACACUUAUUGCACACCAUUUGUAUUCGCUUCGUACACAAUACCCCAUAUCGAGUUAUCUAUUCAUCACAUGCAGGUAUGCAUAGUCGUAUUCUACAUUCAGUUAGCACUGCUUGCUACCCCUAAUCGAUGGCUCAUUGUGGACAAUUCAAUACAACCAAGCAGAAUUUGGAUAUCUUCUGAUAUGG